CUCAGACGCCCCCGCCCCCCCAGCGCGCAAGCCGCGGGGGCGCGGUGAUGCGUGGGCGGUGAUGCCCUCGGACGGCGGGUCGGACGCCGGCUCGGACUUCGUGGAGGGGCGCCUUCUCGACGGCUUCCUGGUCCUGGCGCAGGCGGGGUCGUCCUCUCCCGACGACGUGGUGACCGUUAACCUCUCGUCGCUGGGCGUCGUGGACGUGGCAGGCGACGACCUCUCCUUCUUCAAGAACCUCGACCGCAUCGACGCCAGCGACAACCAGCUCAGUUUCGAGCGGGUGCUGGAGGAGUUCGGCCGCGUCCCGCGCCUCGGCUCGCUGAGCCUCGCCUGCAACACCAUCAGCCAGCUCAGCCUGCAGCAGGGCACGCUUAGGCAGUUGCACACCCUGGACCUUUCCUUCAACGAGUUGCACGGGGACGUCCUGGCACAGCUGGCGGGCCUGCCAGGCCUGACGUUCCUGAACCUGUGCUCCAACUGCGUGUCCUCCGUGCCGCCAGAGGAGGAUCUCACCGGGGAGGACUGCAGCGGCUUCCGGUGCCUGGAGGAGCUGAUCCUCGACGACAACGACCUGGCCCCCUCCCCUCCUGGCCUCCUCGUCCUCCUCUUCCUCCCCGCCCCCGCCCCGUAUCCUCAGCUUGCUCCUGCUUCUCCUGCGUAG